AUGAAAACUCCGCUAUUUGCAGGUUUACGCUUCUUGAUAUUACCGUCAGUCGAAUCGCCUAGAGUCCAGCUUUUGAUUAAACUCAUCGAGGCCAACGGAGGAACAAAUCUGAAGACAUAUUCCAGUGACGCUGUGAUUUUAAUUAAUGAUACUUUUGUUGCAGAGCACGGUCUUAUAAGAGGCGAGCUUUUCCAUAGUGAAUGGGCUUACGAUGAGGAACUCUGGUACGAACUUUUGUCUGACGAGAAGCUGAGCUUUUGCAGGCUCAGCUGGGUAAGCGAAUGCCUAAAGAACCAUAAGUUACUAGAUCAAAGAUUGUUCAGAACACAGCUGAUAAUGGAUGAGGAUAAUCAAAGUGGACCUUCAUUCAGUGCCAGCACAUUGCCAACAGUGACAGAAGAAACAACACAGCAACAGGACUCAGUACGGAUUCAAGCUCCCAAUUUAAGGUCACCGAAGAAGCACAAUAUUAAGGAUGAUGGUGAACCCAAAAUGACUCCUACGAAAAUUGCCAAAAGCGCACCGUCAUCGAACGGCCAAGAGAGGACAAACUCUGUGCUUCUACUUGCCCUCGAACAGCUCUCCAGAAAAAACAGGCUAAGAGGAGACACCUACCGAGCGCGCAGCUACCAGCUGGCCCAGCAGUCAGUUGAGAAGCAUGACAAACCUAUAACUUCUGAACAGGAAGCCCUGUCUUUACCCAACAUUGGUCCAAGCAUUGCUAAUAAGAUUCAGAUGAUUUUGGAAACUGGGUCGCUUCCAGGGUUACAAGAAGCAGAUAAGAACGAGGAGCUAAUCGAUUACUUUAUGGCUUGUCAUGGUGUCGGAACACAGACAGCAAAGAAAUGGGUUUCCAAUGCCGUCGGAUCGUUCAAAAAAGCCUUAGAGGUGUACCCAUCAGACUUUAAUUGGAAUGUGCUUUUUGGAUGGAGAUUCUAUGAAGACUGGGCUUUGAGAAUACCGAGGGAAGAAUGCACAAAGCACCUGGCUCUGAUCGAACAAGCGCUAAAAGAAAUUGAUAGUAAUGCACGAAUUGUGCUCACUGGUAGCUAUAGACGUGGUGCUGCAACGUGCGGUGAUAUCGACACAGUGCUAUACAAACCAGGGUGCGACAACAUUGCAGAUCUGUCCCGGAUCCUAGAAAAUCUAAUUCUAAACCUCAAGCGUACCGGCUACAUCCGCUGUCCACUUAACGUGAAUCACAACUUAGGAAAGGAGUUUAAGUCAAUGAUUGAAGACCUCAGCAGAGCAGCGGGCUUAGAAGAAAGCUACACAUUGGGCCCCAAAGAACUGCUGAAGAAAUUCUAUUUUGGGGGCAAACUUCCAUCAAGCUCGACGCCAGACGUUAUGCUAGAUUCACAGGAACCCCAUAGGCUUAAAAGUGAGGAUCGUUUUAUGUUAGAAACUCCUGAAACUCACAGGUGCAGACGUGUGGAUAUUCUUUUGAGCCGUUGGACCCAGUUGGGUGCUGUCAUGAUUUAUUUCACAGGAAAUGACGAUUUCAAUAAGAGUCUGAGAAUAAGAGCUACUCAGCGUGGUUGGAAGCUCAGUAACAAUGGCCUUUAUCAGGCCAAUGCAAAUACGGGAAACGACGGCGUACUUAUCGAGUCGUUCGAUGAGAAAAGGAUAAUGAACCUCCUGGGGGUGAAAUGGGUACCGCCAGGAGAACGUAAUAUCGAGGGCUACAUUUAG